ACACGCCUUCUACUCCUCGCGUCUCUUCUUUUUCUUUUUACUUCACUACACUCAUUUGCGAAGGUUUGCCUUCUAUCUUAAUAAUUGACAAUGCUCGACAAAAUUGUCGGUCUCGCCAUGCUUGUGGCUGCUUCCGCCGUCUUCAUCUACUACACCAUCUGGACGCUGGCCAUGCCCUUCGUCGAUGCAGACCACCCUCUCCACAGUAUCUUCCCCCCUCGUGUCUGGGCCAUCCGCAUACCUGUCAUCUUAAUCCUGCUCGGCUCCGCCGUCGUGGGCUCCUUCCUCAGCGUCGUCAUGAUCCGAAGCAACCGCAAGAGAGCCGCAAAGGCCAAGGCUGCCGCUGCCAAGAAGAAGGCUUAAGUGGUGCAGAUCGAGCAACGGGAGAAGGGGUGCAUCCUGGGCGGGUGUUUAUGAGGAUGUGCAUGUCACCGAAUCCUGCACAUCAGGGUGUGACGGGUUUCACAAGCCACAAUCUGCGCGAACCUGCCAUCAACGAGGCGUCGCAAUAACGCCCCAUCUACUAGGACUUUGUAAUAAUUCAUACGACUACGUGCGAUAAAGGAGACUAUUUGCAUGCACAGCACCAGUUUUCAAGGGGUAAAUGGAAGGAUAUAUCGAAAUGACUGAGAAUGUAUCUAUUUGUGUCCUAUGACUGAUUGGUGUGGGCAGCUCUAUUGC